UUGGAGAGAUCCUCCUGAUCAGACCAUAAUCAGGAACCGGACGAGACAGGUACACGAAAAAAUGUAACAGUAGAUCGAUUCAGUCCUCCUUUCAACCGUGGAAAGAAAACAUAAGUCGUCAGUCAUACCUAAAUUUCAUCUCUUCAUUUACAAAAUUUUAACCCGAAACGAUAUAAAGUUCUGAGAAAAGAAUGAACCUUCUUCCUCCUGUGUGGCCCCUGUUUCAUUAAUUGGAGCAGCAGAUUUACAUAAAUAUUUACAUAAAAAACAUCGAAUUUGUACACAAAUGAUGGGGCGCAGCAGCACGCCAGAGUCGUCCAUGGCUCUGGGUGGGAGUAAAGAGCAUUUGAGCAGUGGGAGCGGUGUGCACAAUAAUUUGAACCACAACCACAACCACUCCCACCAUAAAUAUCACUCGCAUCAGGUGAAACACAAACAGCAGAGUCAGCAGCCCAGUCCGGGAUGCAGUAGUGGGAGCGUGGUUGGUGGCGGUGGAGGUGGUCACUCCAACAACGCGUUCGUCCAAGGGUUGCAAUUUCUUCCGCCGGCGUAUAACAACAGAGUAAAUGUUGUGGAGGCGCUGCAAGAAUUUUGGACUAAUAAACUGGUCAAGGACGGACAAGAACCUUCCACGGAGGCGUGUGUCAUUUAUGAAUCCGUUCCAUCCCAAAAUCCACCUUAUACCUGUUACGUCACACUUCCCGGGGGCAGUUGUUUCGGAACAUUUCAGAAAUGUAUGACCAAAGCGGACGCACGGAGAUCCGCGUGCAAACUCGCCUUGAUGAAUUCCCUCUACAACGAGCAUCAUCCUGCCCGUUGCAUAACGGAUUCCUUCAUCUCGCAAGCCAUCCAGGAUGCGAAACAAUCCUCCGGGGGCGGCGAGGACGAAGGCAUCGCGGCAUUUCGACUCAUGCUCGAAACCUCGAAGGGAAAGUCGAUGCUGCACUUUCAAGAAAUGAUGACCGUGUUUCAACUCCUCCAUUGGAACGGAAGUUUGAGAGCGAUGCGAGAAAGGAAUUGUUCCAGACAGGAAGUUAUCGAGCAUUAUUCCUCCAGAAAAAUUGACGAUACGAUGAGACGCCAAAUGAGUUUGGAUUGGGUGGCGAGGGAACAACUUCAACCGGGAACGACGCUUCUCGAGCUGUCCGAGGCGGAACGGGAGCUCGACGAGUGUCGAAGUAUGGGAAGAGAGCUAAGAUUUCUCAAAGAAAAGCGAGACAUUCUUCUCCUAGCUCAAAAUCAGUUACAUUCUGGUGCUUAAUAAAAGUAGAUAACUACUUAUCGUUCGUACUAAUUUUAUAGAUGGGAAUAUAUUAUUACAUUACUUAUUAAAAUUACGGAUUCAAUCCGUAAUUAUUAAAAUUAAGUUACGGAUUCAAUCAGUAUUUUUAAUUUUAUGGAAAAGUAGACCUUGUAUAAAAGAAAGAGCUUAUUUAUCAUGCAUCAGUACUAAAUAUCGGGCUUUUUUAUGGGUAGCUACAUAGCAGCUAAUAUUGCGAUGUUUUUGAUAACUUUUAAUAUUUUGUACCUUCUAUUGUUUUUUUUUGUAGAACGAAUAAUAAAACUGAUAUGCGGAUAAAAAGAACUA